GCCCGCCGCCACUACGCGACACAGCCGGUCCGUCGUCCAGUUUAGUAUUCGACUCGUCGUGUGUUGCGCGCGUUCGUUCGUUGCGAUCCUCGCCCGUGUGGAAAAAUAAAUAAUAAUAACAACGCGCGCGCAUUUACGUGACUGUGUUUUUCGCGUGUGAGUACUACGUGUGUGUGUGUGUGUGUGUUUUUUCGGUCCGACCGCAUUUAUUGUUAUUGUAUUCGACAGACGGAGCAGUCGUUUUACCUGCGGUCCGUCCGUCUCUUGUGUAAGACGCGCACGUCACACCGCGUACGUACGUGUGUGUGUGUGUGUGUGUGUGUGUGUUUGUGUGUGCGCGCGUGUGGUGUUUGCGCGUGCCGGUUAAGGUUUUUUCUCCCGGCCAGAGAUCCGACGGGAAGACGAGAUACAUCAAGCACCUACGAUCGAGGCCGCAGCCGCAACUGGGGUACGACUAACACCAUAGUCAUACCCGUAUACACGAAGCCCACCGCUGUACCGCAAUCUCUGUACUGCUGCUGCGACGACCACGACAACACACGCCGCAUCGGACGGGGGCAAGACGUAAAGCACGUUUUUGCGCGCCGAAAUGCGACGUCCCGAUCAGCUGACGUGCAGCAGCAGCACUAUCAGCAGCAGCAGCAGUAGCAGCAGCAGCAGCAGGAACAGCAACAGCAGCAGCGUAUCGAGCACAAGCAGUAGUGGCCACCGCCGUUAUCGUACCGUCGUCGCCGCCGCCUCCGCCGCCGCCGUCGUCGUAGUAGUUAAUACGCCGCUUUGCGAAAGAUAAUAACCGCCGCGCCGCCGUCGUCGUCACCGCCGCCGCUGCCGCCGCCGUCGUCGUCGAUCUUUCUAUAAAUUAUCAUUUUUCAAUAAAAAUAUAGAUUACCUCUAUUACACCUAUGCACGAGUGUGCCGCCGCUCUUUUUAAGCAAAUGUUUUUUUAAUAAAAAAUAUUUCUUUUUCCUGUUGAAAUCCGUCUACGACGUCUGCAACUUCCUGUAUACACGCAUUGACAAUACUAUACAUGUGUAUAUUAUACGGUAUCAACGUUCACUUAACGUACCUAUUUGCAAUGAUUUUUGUAUUGCCGUCGUUCUCGCCGUUUUGUUGUUGAUACUGUUAUACUGCAACGUAUAUACCUGGCUUCAAUUCAAAUAUUUUCGAAUAAGCUUAAUUUUUAUAAAAUAUACUUCAACGUCGUGUUAACUGGUUGCAGCGGUUUUGUACACACAAUUAAUAAUAGUUUUAUAAACGGCCUACUGUUAGUAUACAAAAGCAGCCACAACGGCGAUAAACAACUACAUCAGUAACAGCAGCAGCAGCAGCAGCAGCAACAGCAGCGACUCCUCCAGCAACAUGGCUCAACCCAGGGUGAGUGUUUAUUACGACGAACCGGGUAUACACCAACAGCAACAGCAGCAACAGUACAUGGACGCGGUAGUCGGAGCGGCCGCUGCGGCCGCAGCCGGCAACGGCGUAGUGCCUCCGGGCGUAGUGCCCGGCGGCGGAGUGCCCGGCGGUCUUGGACUUGCCGGCACCGGUGGCAUGUACGACCAACACCAACAGCAACAGCAUCUCGCCCAUCGGGGCCUCCAAAACAUGGCCGCAGCGGCAGCAGCGGCUGCCGCGGCCGCUGCCGCACAGCACCACCACCACCAUCAGCAACAGCAAGCGGCGCACCUCCAGCAACAGCAGCAGCAACAACAGCAGCAACAGCAACACCCUGUGUCGGCCAUGUUCCAUUCGGCGGCCGCGGCCGCAGCGGCCGCCACACCGCCGAACCAUGUAUCGCCGGCCGCCGGCGGUGGUACGCCCGCCAACAAUCACACAUCCGGUGGUGCGUCCGUGGUGGUGCCCGAAGCACAGAAACGCGACAAGGAUUCGAUUUACGGGCACCCGCUGUUCCCGCUUCUGGCAUUAAUAUUUGAAAAAUGCGAACUUGCCACGUGCACGCCCCGGGAUCCAGGCGUAGCGGGCGGUGACGUGUGCUCGUCCGAGUCCUUCAACGAAGACAUCGCCGUGUUUUCCAAACAGAUACGUCAAGAGAAACCGUUCUAUAUGGCUGAUGCUGAAGUCGACUCAUUGAUGGUGCAAGCGAUUCAGGUGUUACGGUUUCAUCUAUUGGAGUUAGAAAAAGUUCAUGAACUGUGUGACAACUUUUGUCAUCGUUACAUCAGUUGUUUGAAGGGAAAAAUGCCAAUUGAUCUCGUAAUCGACGAACGGGAUUCGUCGUCGUCAGCGUCCGCAGCAGCAGCUGGAGGUGGUGGAAAGUCCAUGUCUGAACUUGGUGGCUUGGGCGGUUUAGGGGGCGCUACGAACGGCAACAACGACGGCCGUAGUAACGCGGAUUCAACAUCGCACACAGAUGGGGCGAGUACGCCAGACGUUAGACCACCUUCAUCUUCAUUAUCGUACGGUGGACACGGGAAUGAUGACCGAUCUCCCGGUUCGGGAGGCACGCCUGGGCCGAUGUCACAGCAACCGGGCUCGCAGCAAAGUCUCGACCACGGCGAUCCUGAAUUGGGUAAAUGGUGUCAACGGCGAGAUUGGCCUCCACCACUAGACGCCCGAGCGGCAUCAGCUGCGGAAGCGGCGAAACGCGGUCUUCUGUAUCAAUCUGUGUUCCUCGGCGGAAGCCCAAAUGAUUACAACUCGUGUGAUGCGAGUAAUGCCAGUGUUGGCAGUGGUGAUGGUACGGGAGAGGAUGACGAUGAUCCCAGCGGUGGAAAAAAGAACCAAAAGAAAAGAGGUAUAUUCCCAAAAGUGGCCACAAAUAUACUUCGAGCGUGGUUAUUUCAGCAUCUAACGCAUCCUUACCCAUCGGAAGAUCAGAAAAAACAACUUGCUCAAGACACCGGUCUGACUAUACUUCAAGUCAACAAUUGGUUUAUAAACGCUCGACGGAGAAUAGUGCAACCUAUGAUCGAUCAGUCUAACCGUGCCGGUAAGUCUCGAAACAAUAAAAUUAUGUGAUAUAAUAUGUGUACU